GCUUCCACUUCCUCGUUCUUCUUCGUGCAUGUCUGCAAAAUCGAAUCUCAAGUCUCUGAAUCUCUCAAAUUCUCAAUCUCAACACAAACACCUUUUGGUCUCUCCCUUUGCAGUUCCUAACUCUGUGUUCGUUUUGCUGCCAAGGUUACAUCACUGAAAGAGGGUUGACGCCGGAGUAACAGAAAUACCAAGAUGGACCAACAAAACCAAAAUAACACUCCAGAUGGUUCAGGAGAUGUACCUUUGAAGCGCAAACGUGGUCGUCCCCGGAAAUAUCCAAGGCCAGAUUCAGAGGAGAGUUCCUAUAUCCUACUUAGUCAAAGUAAAAAACAGAAUCCUGUUCGUGUUGAUCAAACACCAGUACCUCCUGGAUUUGAUGGGGUUAAUGGAAAUCAACACCUUCAAAGGGGUCAAGACCAUGAUUCAAAUGAUGCCAUGGUGGGUCAGGCAGUUUCUGGUGUAAUUGAGGCAGUAUUUGAUGCUGGAUAUUUGCUCAGUGUUAGAGUUGGUGAUUCUGAUACUACUUUGAGGGGGCUAGUCUUCAAGCCUGGACGUUAUGUUCCUAUUUCACCUGAAAAUGAUGUGGCUCCAGGUGUUCCAAUGAUCCGAAGAAAUGAGAUUCCGUUCCCUUCAAGGACUACUCAGUUUCAGACUCCUCCCCCAAAGGAAAGGAAUGAACAGCCUCUGAAUGUUCAUAGAAUUGAAAAUCUCACAAUGAAUGGGUCACCAUCAGUCUCUCAGGCGCCUAGAGUAGCAGGUAGUACUAGUAACCUGGUUUCCUCUUUAGGAAAGAAUGUGCCUUCUGUGGCAGGCCAAACCACUCAUCAACUAGCCCGAGGUAAUGUGGUGCCUGUUGUGCUCGCACCUAAUAAUUUUUCAAAUGGGAUGCCAGUUUCUAAUCAACCACCACAAGUCACCACCCAAGUUUCUCUAGGGAGUGGAGUAAUUGUUACCAAAGAAAUUCCAGUAGAUGGAAAUCAAGCACUUAUUUCUCAUACUCAAACUAGCCAGAAUAUGUUGUCAAGUGGCAUGCAAAGUGAAGUUGUUCAGCACAAUCAAUCUUCAUCUAAUGUGCCAAAAGAUGAUGCCAAGUCAGUGAGUGCGCCUUUUGAGCAGCUUGUUACUGAAGUUGUUAAGAGGAUCCAAGCUCCAUCAGAUGCCAUGGAUACUGAUACUGACAACAGCAAGUCAGGUGACAAUAUAGUAGUGAAGGAUCCCAGCAGUAGGCAGGAAGACAAAGUUAGUGACAUGGAUCAACCCGUCUUGAUUAAGCCUCUGCAAGCAGUACAGUCUUAUCCUCCGGAAAACUCAGCAUCUGCUCCGAAACCUUUGGAUUAUACUGAAACUGGCAAAAUGGCUGAACUUUUGCAGGUUUUGCAGAAUAACAAAACAGAGAACCAUGCAUCCAAAGCAGCAGAGCUAGGAUCUGGAAACAAGUUGGAUGACAUAAGGAAUUUAGGAACGGAACUUGAAGAUGGUGGAACUGUUCAAUCAACAAAGCCUUUCUGAGCAUUGAAUGCCUGAUAUAUAUAUAAAAUUUAUCAUUAGUGGCUAUUGUGCCAGCAGGUUCAUCUGUCAUAAAAUUGGCUAAUGUCUGGCAUAGUGGAAUAUUUAGGGUUUCAAGUUCCUAUCUCGGAUUUUAAAUUAUUUUAUGCUUGUUUACAUUUCUAUUUACUGUUUUUAAAUUAGAGACCCCACCUUUGUUGGAUGUUAGUUAUUUUAUUCACAAAGCAAUUGUUGUCCAAAACUUAAUUUAAUGGUUAUGUCAUUUUAUCAGGCUUUAGCA